GUUUGUGUGGUAUGUGAAGCGGUUUUAUUGUAUUUCUCUGAUCAGUCACAUUUCGAUCAGGUGAUUUUUGCUGUUACACAAAACAUGAACAGAGAUACCAAGAAAACCAUGCAUUUCCAAGAAAACCAGGAUCGUUGCAUUUGAUUAAUACCAGAAAACAUUGGUGUAUAUUUUGUAUGUUACAUUUAGACUAUAAUCCCAAUAGUCGUGGCAUUAGGCCCAUGCUAGCAGACUCUGAUGUUUAAAUGGGAACAGUUUUACAGUAGUUGCCCCAACGGACGUUAACCUCGUCCAGUAUUGGCUUUUGCCAUUUCUCUUCAGUUUGCAGAGGACACGCGCCGGGGCCAUGGACAUGCACGUUGUAAAUGCUCUAACAUACGAGGAUUUUGUGAACCUAUUCGGUAAUGUGGUUGAAAAAUGUCCCCUCAUUUCGGCUGCGCUAUGGUCGCACCGGCCAUUCAGAGAUCUAGCGGACAUCGAGGCUCGCAUAACGGCGUUCAUUCAGAGUCUGCCAGACUCAGGGAAAGAGGGCAUUUUGCGGUGUCACCCUGACUUGGCGGGCCGGGACCUCCAGAGAGGGACGCUAACGCGCGAGUCUCAGGAAGAGCAGAGUCGAGCCGGCAUGACCACGCUGGACUCCGCAGAGCUCCUGCACAUGCACCGUCUAAACUCGGUGUACAAGGAGCGCUUUGGCUUCCCUUUUGUCAUCUGUGCCCGUCUCAGCGACAAAGCCGAUGUUGUGCGCCAGCUCUCUGAACGCUUGAAGAACGACCAUGCUGCGGAACUAGAGCGCGCGAUCGAAGAGGUUAAAAUUUGUAGCCUUAGACUACGCAACAUUGUCAUAUCUGAGACUCAAACCAAAUUGUAACAAGUUACCGUUACAUAAAUGUGUACUAUAAUAUAUAUAUAUAUAUAUAUAUAUAUAUAUAUAUAUAUAUAUAUAUAUAUAUAUAUAUGCGCCUAUAUGCCUAAUUGAUCCAUAUGAAGUAACAAAUAUUUGUUCUAAAAACUGUAACGUUCUAUUUUAACGUUCGUUUUGUAAACGUAGCUAAUGUGAACAUUUUGGAACGUUCUCUGAACCUCUGAACUGUAACCGAGUAGACCUAACAUACAACUAAAACGUUUCAGAAGAGCGUUCCACGAAUGAUGUAAUAUUUUGUGCUAACGUUUUGAGGACGUGAGCCUCUUCAAGACCGGAUAACUUUGAAUUACUAUACUUUCUAUUAACGUUACAGGCAGAAUAUAUGUGUACAUCUUCCAAUAAAUUAUUGCAUUUCAAAUUA